CCUCACCCAGACGGUCGAGACGAGAAACUCAACUUUACAUUUCCACAACCCAAUCAGAUACCCCCCCUUCCCAAAUCUCCAAACGCUCGCACUUCCAAUUUCUAAUUCGAGAUUUCAACAAGUCGUACAUACGAACAAACCAAGUACAUUCUCAAUCCCGAAAAACAUAAAUACACACAGCCCGGAAAUCAAUAUGGCUUCCGCAGACGAGCUCAAGGCUCUCGGCAACAAGGCCAUUGCCGAAAAGAACUUUGAUGAGGCCGUCGCCAAGUUCACCGAGGCCAUCGAGCUCCAGCCUGAAAACCACAUCCUCUACAGCAACCGCUCCGCCGCCUACGCUUCUAAGAAGGACUGGCAAAACGCUCUGGAAGAUGCUAAGAAGACGACCGAGCUCAAGCCCGACUGGGCGAAGGGCUGGGGACGCCUGGGCACAGCGCAGUAUGGUCUCGGCGACCUGCUCGCCGCAAACGACGCCUACGAGGAGGGACUCAAGGUCGACCCUAACAACGCUGGGUUGAAGAAGGAUCUCGCUGCCACCCAGAAGGCGAUGAAGGCAGAGGCCGGUGGCGACGCCGGCGACCCGACCGGUGGCCUCGGCAACAUGUUCAGUGACCCCCAACUCCUCCAGAAGCUCGCCGCGAACCCCAAGACGGCCGGCUUCCUCGCAGACCCUACCUUCAUGGCCAGGCUUCAGCAGAUGAAGGAGAACCCUAAGGGCUCGCCCGAUCUGUUCACCGACCCCCGCAUGCUCCAGGUCCUCGGUGUCUUGAUGGGCGUUGACAUGCAGAUGGGCAUGCCCGACGACGUCUCCCCGGAUACCGAGAUGCGCGACGCCCCUCCCCCUCCCGAGUCGAAGCCCGCGCCUAAGAAGGCCCCGACCCCCGAGCCCGCGCCCGAGCCUGAAGAAGAGCUUGACGAGGAGGCUUUGGAGAAGAAGAAGGCCAAGGAGGCGGCUGACAAGGAGAAGGCGCUGGGCACCGAGAACUACAAGAAGCGCAACUUCGACGAGGCCAUCGCGCACUACACCAAGGCCUGGGAGCUGCACAAGGAUAUCACCUACCUUAACAACCUCGGCGCCGCCUACUUUGAGAAGGGCGACUACGAGAAGGCCAUCGAGACGUGCACCAAGGCCGUCGAGGAGGGCCGAGAGAUCUACGCCGACUUCAAGCUGAUCGCCAAGUCAUACGCCCGCAUCGGCACCGCCUACGAGAAGCUUGGCAACCUCGAGCUCGCUGUCGAGAACUACAAGAAGUCUCUGACGGAGCACCGCACCCCCGAGGUAAACGCCAAGCUGCGCGCGGCUGAGCGCAACAAGAUUGAGCAGGCACGCCUCGCCUACCUCGACCCGGCCAAGGCCGAGGAGGCCCGUGAGGAGGGCAACAAGAAGUUCAAGGAGAGCGACUGGCCCGGCGCCGUCGCGGCGUACACUGAGAUGAUCAAGCGCGCGCCCGAAGACCCCCGAGGCUACAGCAACCGCGCGGCGGCGUUUGUCAAGCUGCUCGAGUUCCCCAGCGCCGUCGAGGACUGCAACACGGCCAUCAAGAAGGACCCGACCUUCAUCCGCGCCUACAUCCGCAAGGCGCAGGCCUUCCACGGCAUGCGCGAAUACUCCAAGUCGGUCGACGCCUGCACCGAAGCGGCCAAGGUCGACCAGGAGCACCACAAGGGCGCCAACGCACGCGAGAUUGAGCAGCAGCAACAGAAGGCCUUCAACGCCAUGUAUGCGGCUCGCGAGAACGAGUCGGAGGAGCAGACCAAGGAGCGCCUGGCCCGCGACCCCGAGAUCAUGAGCAUCAUGAACGACCCCAUCAUGCAGUCGAUCCUCCAGCAGGCGCAGUCGGACCCGGCGGCGCUGACGGAGCACAUGAAGAACGCCGACAUCAAGGCAAAGGUGCAGAAGCUGAUAGCGGCGGGAGUUAUCCGUGUCGGACGGUAAGAAGAAGAGGCGGGAGUGGCGUACGUAAUUCGGAUAGGGUGGGAGAGAAAUGGUUGUCGAAGCGGAGGUGGAGGCGGAGGAGGUAACAAGAAAAAGGUCACGCGUAAUGGUUGGACGAAGAAACGUUUAAAAAGGGCUUCACUAGGUCAGUCGUAGUGGUUGCAGUGUGACCCCCAACAACAGAGAUUUCCCC